GUCAGCUAAGCGUUGUUUACAGCGAAGUACUACAACAUAAGGAGCACGUAUUUAUUGUUUGUAGCAGAUCGUGGUGACUCUAAUAUGUAGAAUAACCAACUAGUGUAAAACCUUACAUUUCCGAACAUAUAGUGUUCGAAAUCAUUGUUGGAAAUUGUCGAAAUCGAGCGUAUUUUUAAUUUACACCUAUAAAAGGGGCAAGGAUUUGGCAUGGCCACUAUGACACUUCGAGUAACUGGGAAACGGCGCAAUACACCAGGACAACGAGGCGAAGGGAAGCAGUUCGAGUCGGUGGACGUCAAAGCUGACUUCAUUUUAGAAGCAGAGUCAAUUGAUGGUGAUGAAGGCAAAAUUUUUACUGAAGAAGUUAAGAAAUUAGAAGAAAGUAGUUGUGUAGAAGACCAAGUUCAAAUACUGAAAAAGAUAUGUGAUAAAUACUUGAAGAAGGAAUGGAAACAAGACAAAAUAACAUUGCUGCUUGCGAAAUUACUCUCUUACAUAUAUCUGCAGGCAGAACCGAAGAAUCCCAUGAAAAAUGCCGCUUUGAGGGCGCUGCAGGGCAUACCCGAUGGCAUCCACCUGCACUUCCUAUCGUCGGGCCUGCGCGACGCCCUGCAGGCGGAGCUCGACUGCCCGGUGCAGGUGGGUCGACUCGCCGCCUGUCUGCUGGCUGCCCUGGAGAACUUCCCGUCUGCCGUCGAGGGCCGCACACUCGCCGCCACUGCCACUUUCCUCGCCACUUCACUGCACCUCUGUGUCACCGAAUUAGGGAAGGACCUGUCACCUGCCACUUCGAGCGAGGUGUUUGGCUAUGCACACCUGUGCACACGGUGUACCAUCGCCCUCCUGCAGGGCUGGCAGGUGCCACUGAAGGACUGUGGAGAACGGGACCGCAAGGAUUCCGCAAACGACCACCCGGGCGGGCAAGUGUCCGAUAUCCAGACUGAGGAUGAUCACAGUAAUGAUGGCUUCGGAUGUGCAGAAAGUGUCCUGCCCACCAUAAAGGCAAGCAUUAUGAGCUUGCUGGAGCGUGAAGAGACCCCCAUGGACACAAAGUCAAACUGCGGCCUCGUGCUGGUGCUUCUGGGGACGGUGCUGGGCGACGAGAAUAGCUGGACCCAGUACCUGGAGCAGGUGGAGAGUGGUGGCGGUGGUGGUGGCGUGGCCGGGCUGAGCAUCGCGGCUGGCCUCCUCAGCAGCCUCCCGGCACCCCAGCUGCUGCAGCCGGCACCCACCGCCCCUGAUGGUCCGCGUGUCAUCGUCAGAAUUUAUGACGCUAUCCUGGACACCAUUAACAGGGCCCCUUCGGACUCCGCAGUGGUGCUGGCGGGGGCUCGCACUGUGCAGCUCCUGUGUCGGCAGCUGUGGCAGCACGCCGACGCGGCACCCGAUGCGGUCACACAGGCCCUGGCAGGCCUGGUCCCGGGGGAGCCGGCGGGGCCGGACAGACCCCUGCCUCUUCUGGAUUUCCUCUGGACGCACCUGGAGCACUGUGCAGACAGCGUGCGCCACGCCGUGCGCCUCGCCCUCCACAGCCUCGUACAGGCAGCUGCCACUGCACCAGAGGUGCCUACCGUGCUGGAGAGGGUGAGACGGGCAGUGCUGGAGACGCCUGCGGACCGCAAGAGCCGCUACCUCGCGCUGGCCGCCGUCUGCGCGGAGUCCGGCUGCCUGCCACUGCUGGCUGCGGCCCCCACCCUGCCAGAAGACCUGCUGGCUGCACUCCAGGACAGGACGCUCGCACCACACGUGAUAUCGGCAUACGAGGCACUGAUGCUGAAGCAUUGGGAGGAAAGCCGCGGCUGUGGAGAGGAGGCAGAACAGGUGUGGGUGCGCACGUGGGUGCGUCCGCUGCUGCCGUCGCUCGAGGUGCCCGACGGAGCGGCAGCCGGCGCGGAGCGGUUGGUGGCGGCGGCAGCGCGAGCCUGCCCGGCGGCCUUCGCCGCCAUCGGCGGAGGUGCAGACGGUGCAGAGGCCGGUGGAAGUGCGCGGGCAGCACUGGCGUGGCUGCGCGUGGCGCACCGGCAAGGUGCACUGGAUGCGCGGCUGCGUGAGGGUGCCGGCCGUCCAGGUCUCUGGAAGGGCGUACUGUCCUACGGAGCCCUCGAGGAUGCACUGCUGCACGAGAAUGAGGAGACGAGGAUGUCGGCUCUCUCUCUGUUAGUCGAGGGCCACAGGUCAACGGAGCCGUUCUCGCCUGCGGAGCUGCAGCUGGUUCGGACCUUCCUACGGCACAACGUGAACGUGCAGGAGCCGUCUGCGCGCCAGCGGGGUCUCGCCCUCAUCAAAAAGCUGUUGGAGCGACUGAGGGACUCCUGGCAGUCUCUGGAGCGCCAGGCGAAGGCAGCUGAGAAGUCCGGCGAGGGGGCAGUGGAGGCAGAGAAGGCUCUGGCGACUGCCUCACUCUUCCUCCAGUGGCUUGUCGAGUUCAGCUUCUCCAGCAUCUUUCCGGGAGCUAACUUCAGCCGGCGGGGCUCCGCUCUUCAGAUCCUGACACUGUGCACCGAGAUAAUGGGUGAGAGGACCCCGGCAGACAUGUGGCUGCCCUGCAACGGCGUGACGUUGCUGGAGUGCCUCAAGGACACGUACGAGAACAAUAAGCUGCUGGCGUACCGCCUCAUUACCAAGUACCCGCCGCAGGCACUGCAGUUGGAGGACGAGACGCAGUGCCUCACGCUGCUGCGGGCAGGGCUCACCCUCUGCGAGAGCUCUCGCCCCCCAGACUCGGUGACGGCCGCCUACCUGCUGGCGACACUCGCCAGGUUCACGACGCGCCCGUCUGCCGUGCGGAGGGCGGUGGACUUGGAGUCUGGGUCGGAGAGCCCGCUACCCCUGGACCGUGACUCUACAUAUGAAGAUAUGAUUCUGGCCAUAGUGAAAUUGCUGCAGGACCGCCUGAUAGAUUUGGUUAAUGCCGCCAACAGAAACCUGUUGGAAGCUUCUGCGACCCACCCUAUGUACGGGCCACUGUUCUGCAUACGGCACCUCCUGCAGGGUGUCGACUUCAGGGAAGUGAACAGUGAUCCAGACUGGCAGGAGUUUAUGCAAUACAUGAUUGAGCUCGCCUUUGAGGCCUGCAAGGCUGUGGAAGAAGUGGUGAACAGUUCAUCACCUGAGGGACACCUACCCAUGGAUUUCACACCAGCCGAAGACCUGCUGCGGCGGCUGCAGCAGCAGAGUGCCGAACAGGAUUCCCCUGUGACUUUCCGGAACGUCAACUGCUCGGCCCAGAUGUUGCUGCUCUGCUCGUGGCGCACCGUCAAGGAGGUCUCGCUGCUGCUUGGGGACAUCGCCGAGAGAGCGCCCGUGGCCUCAGGGUGAGUGGGCGGGCUCGUGAAGGAAGCACAGCUGCUGGCGAUCGGCGCCCACCUGACGAAGCUGCUCUCCGAGACGAAGCACCGCGGCGCGUUUGAGCAGGCGUACGUCGGCUUCAGCAGUCUGUGCCGGCGGCUGUGGAGUGGCGAGCCCCGCAGCGAGGGCGGGGACGGGCUGCACCGGUUGCCGCCACAGUGGCUGCGGCAGCUGCUCACCGACGUCCGCGAGGGGGCAGGCGACGCCACGCGCCGCAGUGCUGGGCUGCCCUUCAUGGUGCAGGCACUGGUCAGCACGGAGGCGCAGGCACGCGGCUGCGGUGCCCGCAGCUUCCAGGACUCAAUGGAUAUCCUGCUGGGACUUGCACUGGAUGACGGCUCUGUCCCGGAGGCGCGGACGCACGCCCUCAAUAUCCUGCGGGCGCUGUUCCGCAACUCGCAGCUCGGGGAGCUGGUCACGCCGCACGUCACGUCGGGCUUCGAAGCAGCCCUCGGUGCCUUCCACAGCGGUGACUGGGCUGUGCGCAACUCGGGGACGCUGCUGUUCGCCGCCCUGAUGACGAGGGUGUUCGGGGUGCAGCGCACGAGGGGCUGUGGCCGCCGGCCGAGUGCGCGCAACCGAAUGACGGGCCGCGUGUUCUUCCAGCGCUUCCCCAGGCUGUACGACGUGCUGCUGCGCGAGGCGGACCGCCCGGGUCGCGACGGCUGCGGGGCGGAGACCCCCGCACUGCUGCUGCUGCUCGCCCGCCUCUACCCGUCCUCACUGGAGGGCACCGACUCCAACCUACAGCUUUCUGCAUAUGUUCCGUUUGUGCUGGACUGCGCACGCAGCUCAGUGUACAAGACGCGCGUCCUGGCUGCUCAGGCCCUCGUUCCACUAAUUACGCCGGAUGUGUUCGAGGACACUGUGGACCGACUGUUCAGCGAGCUGCGAGAGAUGCCAGAGGAUGAACUCAACUAUCGACACGGUGUGCUGCUGCAGCUCGCCUACCUUGUCUCGGCGACUCCUGCAGAGAUGGCAUCCGAGGAUGGCUUUGCUGGCCGGCUGACAAGUCGGCUGCGCUCCACGGAGCCAACACGUGCGCCUUGUCUCUGCCCGACCGCCGACUCGGCGCGCCUCUCCCUCCUGCAGGCCGCAGUGUCCCGGGUCAGCACAAGUGUCGACGCGUGUUUCCGCUCGGAUCUGCGCCGAGAGCUGUCUGCUGCACUGGGACUCGAACGCGACCGCGAGGAGCGUGUGGAUGGGAGUGGGCGGGACGACGAGGAUCUGCCCUCUUGGUCGCCAGGUGUGCCACAGUACGAGAAGGCAGCCACCAGUCUACUGCUGUACCUCUCCGUGCUGGACAGCAGUGACAUCCAGAUGACUCUUCUCCGGCUGCUCAACCACCCCUCGUACGAUGUGAUCGAAGUCACUCUGAAUUUCCUGCUACGGAAUGUAUUCGAAGACUACCUUUACGAAGUGGAAAAUGAGGAAGAACUGGAGUUUGAAAUUGUCCCUGUGAAGCUGUCAGCCCACGAGGUCCGUGGCUGGCCAGCAGUUGCCACCCGCAUCUCGGAGCUUGCGGGUAUCCCGGCAGGCCGCGGGAGGGCGACGCGGCGGAGGGCGCGGGAGUCGCCAGAUGAGACGCGUGCUGCAGCACUGCUGGUGCUACGGCACCUCCCACCUGCCCCCACUAGUCGUCACGCCCUCGCUGCUACCAUCACGCUGCUCGAUGUCGCGCGCGUGGACCAUUUUGCCACGGGACGGGCUGCGCUUGCGGCUGCCAUGGCAACUUAUGCGGGGUUGGUGGCUGCUGCAGUGCAGGUGCCAUCAAAUGUAACAAGAGGAUUAUGCUCGUUGCUGAUGAAGUACUCCAUUGGUAGUCAGCGACUAGAGAACAGGAGGACUGCUGCGUACCUGCUGUACAAAUACCGUGGUCUGCUCAUCUUCCCAGAACAGAAUUGUAGGCUUCCGUCAUCAGCAACGUGCAGUGUGUGGACGGCCACGAUGCAGCUCGUGGACGACGACGACGCAGAUGUGCGGCGGCAGGUGUCGGCACUGGUGCCCGGGCGGCGCACGCCGGUGGUGGCGCACUGGGCACGCGAGGCGCUGAUGGAGUGGAUCGUGCAGAGUGGAAUCCUGGAACCGCACCACCUGGCUGCACUGCUGUGCGCCUGGGCACUCGGCUCCUCCACCGAGAUUGUCCGCGACGUCCCCGAUGAGGAAGGCAUUUUCGAGCAGAGCGAAUCGAACGAGUUCCGCGAGGGCGCGGCACUGUGCGAGCUGGCAUGCUCUCACCUGCGCAUCGUAGCAGACCGCACUGGCCGUGAGCUGCUGCUGCGCAAGCAGGACCCCUGCAUGCGGGGCUGGCUGGCCAAGUGGUGGUUCCUGCCCGAAGGCAUUUUCAGCACACUUUAUGAGUUUUUGGGCCUCGUGAUCAAGCCGCCACCAGCUCCAUUUGAGAAUGAGGAGGUCCAGCCUCCUACUGUGUGUGACCACUUUGUGGCUCCUCCGGGCACCGCUAAAGUAUACCUCACCAAGUACCGUGCCCGCUGCGUGCGCGAAGUGCUUGCAGACCUCCUGGGGGAGACACCACAGAUCUAGGGUGGCGGGUGGCGGCAUGGCGACUGUGAGAGAAUUAUUAGAUAAAAAUAAAGUGAACAUAUAACUGCAAAUAUGUCAUUCUGUGUGAGUAUGCAUGUG